CACUUUGCACUAAUACCUCUUCAACUCAUAGCUGGUUUUAUAAAGUCACCGCUGUCUCAAAAGAGACUGACUCAGGACAGCGUCGAGUUGUACUGCGAGGCGAUUGGCAAUCCUAUCCCUGAGAUCCAGUGGUGGUUUGAGGGAAACGAGCCAAAUGAGACCUAUGCUCAGCUCUGGGAUGGCGCACGGCAGGACCGUGUCAAAAUCAACGCCACCUACAACCUGCACUCUACCAGUACCAUCUACAUCGCAAACCUCACAAGCGACGACUCGGGCAUGUAUGAGUGCCGGGCUAGCAACGACCCUGACCGCAACCACUUGUCGAAGAGCCCCAAAGUCAAGUGGAUCCGUUCCCAGGCAAACGUUUUUGUCAUCGAACGUCCAGACAUCAAAGCUCAUGUAACUGGCAUUUCUGGCAAGCUGAUCCUCACCUGUAACAUGACUGCGCCUUACCCUGCCAUCGAGGGUCAUGAAUGGAUGCAUGGGGACAAGAUACUUCAAACAGACACGGAGUCAAGUACUUUCACCAGUUACACAAUCGAGGGGAAGAUGGAAGAGCACUCUGGUGUCUAUGAAUGCAUCUACAAAGGAAGCCCGGUGAUAAAAGGACAAGUGAAUAUUUCAGUUUCACCCCAAGUGAUGGCAUACAAGAAGUCUGAGCAUGGGAAUGAGGGGGACACAGGCGUUCUGACCUGCAAGAAUCCCUCUUUCCCCCCUGUCGGCUCUUGGGUCUGGUACAAAAAUGGUCAAGAACCCAUCAUCAAUGGUUCUGGUCGAUACAUUAUCAAGUCCAGUGGCAACAAGACAGAGUUACGCAUUCUUAAACUGAAUAUUGAGGAGGAUACGGGUGACUACCACUGCAAUGCCACCAACUCUUAUGGCUUUGGUGGUGCUACGGUAAACUUGCGUGUACGCAGCCGCCUGGCAGCGCUCUGGCCCUUCCUGGGUAUUGUGGCAGAAGUCCUUGUUCUUGUCACCAUCAUCUUCAUCUAUGAGAAGAGGAGGAAGCCAGAUGAGGUUCUUGAUGAUGAUGAUGGAGGUUCUGCACCACUGAAAAGCAAUGCCACAAACCACAAGGACAAGAAUGUCCGCCAGAGAAAUGCUAACUAAGAGCAGGGGCCAGGUGAUGUGUAGAUGAAGAACUCGUCUGGACAAUUUUGUUUUCUUCUAAUUUUUUGGUAAAAUAGCACCAUGAAAUAUUCUAGUGUGUCCUUGCGAUUCAGUUACUUCACUUUCUAAAGGAACUUAAGUUGUAGAAUCUAAAAUACACUUUUUUAAAAAAAAGAGUUGUGGGAGGGUUUUUCUACCUGUAAAUGUAAAUCCCUUGUUUCUGGUAGUCUAGGUCGCUGGCUGCCUCUGUCCUAGGUUUCUUCAUGUACAGUGGGGGUGGGUGGGAGCACAACUUGUGUCUUCCUCACCUCUGGGAAGAACAGGGUGUGCUGGGUAGGGCCAUUCUGAAGUGCCCUCCUUGCCCCACCUCAGUGUUUGAGGCCACUCAAGGAGCUGUGGAUAACAGACCUGAACACGCAGUGAAAUGUGCGCAGUUCCUUGUGUGCUGCUCCGCUGGACGUGGCUGGCAUGGCCUGUGUUCCCAGCAGGUCUGUCCUGCCCUGUUUGUGUGGGUCAGGGAGAAACUGCUUUGGUGGCCGUCUGGAGAUGACCCGAUCUGACCAAAGGGUUUAGGAAGGUAGUUCCGUGUCUUUCCCAGUGCAUCACCUGGAGCAAGGCUGCACCCUUACCUAGCGUGGAAGCGGCAUGUGUCCUUGUAAGCCACUCAGCCAGGGCCACCAGGCACAUCUGCUGGUGCGGCUCCUGGGGAGGAGCGAGCGAAGGGCUCAUUCCUCGGUGUGUGCCACACCACCUGGACGCGCACACAGUGCCAUACCACGUCAGGCAGAUUCCCAGUCAGCUCCUCCAGAGCUGCUUUAGUUACCCUCUUAAACAGAUAACCAGGAGGCAGUGUUAGAGCUGGAUGCUGGAUAAAUAUGAUUGCUGUUAACUUAUUUUCAUGGGUUGUUAGUAUCUCUUCUCAAGUUGCUACAGUGGGGGAUAGGGGCAGAGUGAACAGGGGCUGCAGUGCUGGGGGGGGGCCAGUUUAACAGCGUGUGUUCUUGUGCUUGAGCCAUCGUGAUGUUUGUGUGACAUAGAAGCCUGAGAGCAGACAAAUGCUCAGUGGAGUCUAAUACCUUUAUUGCUGGGUAGCAUUGAACUGUUAACACACUUCACAAAUAAAGAUGAUUCCUCUCUCUUUUUUUUU